AUGAAACAAUCAUUGAGCAGAGAAACUGUCUCGGACAGUUCCAGUUCCUCUGAGAGCGAAAGGGAAUCGCAGCCUACAAAACAGAAGACACUAAAAAAGAGCAAAACUGCUCUCAAAACUGCAAAAGAACCGAGCCCCUCAAGCUCAAGUGAAGCCUCGAGCGCCUCUAGUUCAGAAGAGGAAGAAUCCGAAUCUCCUGCGCGUGAACCAGAACCUUUACCGACGCCCUCUAGCAAAAAGAGAGUAACUAUACAAGAAGAGAAUGCGAUCGUUCCUCUACCCUCCAAGGCAUUUAAGCCCCCGCCAGGGUUCCAAUUUAUGCAGAAGUCUUCCUCCCAGUCUAGCGAUAUAUCACAGCUUCUCUCCAAUCUCGAUGGCAAACAGUUAUGGCAUAUAACCGCUCCAGUCGGGGUCCCGGUCUCGUCAAUAGAGACCCUUGCUAUGAAUGCUAUCAAGAACGGAGAACCAGUCUUGACACACAAGGGGGCCGCCUACCGACUACACGAGAACCAGCUUGGAGCGGAAAAGCAGAAAUCGCUACUCGUGCCGGAUAAGAACGGGAAUGUCUACCGCCGACAAAGACAUCCGGUCUCCAAAACAUACCACCUAGAGCAGGUCGUAAAAAUCCUGCAUGGCGAUAGUUUCCAUGCCAAUGGAUCUACCGACGUAUCGGCGUUAGCAAGGAAACCACCGAAGCAGCCUCAACAUCUACGGAUGCGCUACAAGCCGUUUGGUUCGGCGGAUCAACUCCAAGAGACGAUUGGAUCGAGUGACGACGAGUUAGAUCUAGAGGAGAAACAGUUCAAAAUACCCAAGGGAGCCGAUGUAGAUCGAAAACACAAGAAGAGGAAAACAGAAAUCAUCAAUGUGCCGUCAGACAGCGACGAGGAGCCGGAUAGUUCACUACGCGAGAGCCCAAAGAAGAAACAGUCACUUCCGAUACGAGAAGACGCGCAGAAGAAGCAGAAGAAAUCUUCAAAGAAAGGGGCCGACGAGAAACAAAAGACCGACAGCCCUGACUCCCGCAAGAAGAGCAGCAAAAAACACAGUAAUGAGAUUGAUGAAGAGCGAAAAGCACGCCGGGAAGAGAAGAAGCGGAAGAAACAGCCGGAAGCUAUACCUUCCUCUCGUGCAGGAAUUGAUCAAGAGACUCCUAUCGUACAGAAAGAAGCCACCAAAGAAGUUACUGAACAGUUCAUCAUGGCCACAUACGCCCUAUCCCAGGCUCAUCGCGAGCAAAUGGAGAAAUCCCUUGUGGACUCCGACCCAGAGAUUGCUGAGAUCAUGGAAAAAGAGAUCAAGCGUCAACGGGAAUCUAUCCUCCUCAUCGCCUCUGAGAAUGUCACUUCGCGCGCUGUCUUCGAUGCUCUGGGCUCUCCCAUGUCGAAUAAGUACUCUGAGGGUUACCCCGGAGCUCGUUACUACGGCGGAAACCAGCACAUCGACACCCUCGAGCUCACCUGCCAGCGCAGAGCCCUCAAGGCUUUCAACCUGGACUCGGAGAAAUGGGGAGUCAACGUCCAGUGUCUCAGUGGAAGCCCUGCCAACCUCCAGGUCUACCAGGCCUUGAUGAGACCUCAUGACAGACUCAUGGGUUUGGACUUGCCCCACGGUGGACAUUUGAGUCACGGAUAUCAGACUCCUACUAAGAAGAUCUCUGCUGUUUCUACCUAUUUUGAAACUUUCCCAUACCAGGUCAACCUGGAGACUGGCAUAAUUGACUAUGACCUCCUCGAGUCCAAUGCUAAGCUCUACAGGCCAAAGUGCCUUGUUGCCGGUACCUCUGCCUACUGCAGACUCAUUGACUACGCUAGGAUGAGAAAGAUUGCCGACUCCGUUGGCGCUUAUCUCAUUGUCGACAUGGCUCACAUUUCUGGCCUCGUCGCCUCUGGUGUCAUUCCAUCUCCAUUUGAACAUGCUGAUGUCGUCACUACCACCACUCACAAGUCUCUCCGUGGUCCACGAGGAGCCAUGAUCUUCUUCCGCAAGGGCGUUAGAAGCACCGAUAAGAACGGCAAGGAGAUCAUGUAUGACCUUGAGAAUCCAAUCAACUUCUCCGUCUUCCCUGGACAUCAGGGUGGUCCUCACAACCACACCAUCACUGCAUUGGCCGUUGCCCUCAAGCAAGUUGAUACCCCCGAGUUCAAGCAAUAUCAGCAGCUCGUCAUCAAGAACGCCAAGGCCGUCGAGGAAGAGCUGAAGAAACUUGGACACAAGCUCGUUGCUGACGGAACCGACAGCCACAUGGUCCUCCUUGACCUAAGGCCAAAGGGUCUUGAUGGUGCCCGUGUCGAGGCUGUUCUUGAGCAAAUCAACAUUACUUGCAACAAGAACUCUAUCCCCGGUGACAAAUCUGCUCUGACCCCCUGCGGUCUCAGAAUUGGUGCCCCAGCCAUGACCUCUCGUGGUAUGGGCGAGGAAGACUUCAAGCGCAUCACCCGCUACAUCGACACUGCCAUCAACAUCUGCAAGGAUGUACAGAGCAAGCUUCCCAAGGAAGCCAACAAGCUCAAGGACUUCAAGGCCAAGGUCGCCGAUGACUCCGUCAAGGAAAUUGUUGAACUUAGAAAGGAGAUCGCCGAAUGGGCCAACACCUUCCCUCUCCCAGUUUAA